AUGCACGUGCUCGCCACCAACCCCGAGCUGUACGGCACACUCAUCGAAGCCCAGGCCAUCCCGCUGUUCAUCACCCUCCUCAGCCACGAGAACAGCGACAUCGUCGGCGCCACGUUGAAUUUGUUACAGGAGCUCACCGACGUCGACAUCCUCAACGAGAGCGUGGAGGGCGCUGAACAGCUCGUCCGCGCCCUGCUUGACGCCCGCAUCGUGGAGUGUAUUGUCGCCUCCUUCGCCACGCUGAACGAAACGGUCAAAGACGACGCGGACGCGCUGCACAAUGGGCUGACAGUUUUUGAAAAUAUCCUCGACUUCCACCCGGCCUUUUCACAGGAUUGCGUCCAGCAUGGCCUGUUCCAGUGGCUCCUCAAGAGGGCCACGCAGCGCGGCACGUUCGACGGGAACAAGAUGUACGCGAGCGAGAUGCUGGCGCUGCUGUUGCAGACUAGCGACGCGGCCAGGGAGCAGCUGACGGCCAAGGUGGACGGGAUGGAGCUGUUGCUCAGGGCCCUGGCCUCCUACAAACGACACGACCCGACGAGUCUCGACGAGCGCGAGCAUAUGGAGAAUCUCUUCGACGGCCUCUGCUCCUCCCUCCUCCACCCGCCCAACCGCAAGAAGUUCCUCGACGGCGAGGGCCUGCAGCUGAUGAACCUGAUGCUGCGCGAGCGGAAGCAGAGUCGCGAGAGCGCGUUGAAGGUGCUCGACCACGCCACCACCGGCCCCGAGGGCAAGGAGAAUUGCGCAAAGUUUGUCGAGAUCUUGGGCCUCCGCACGCUGUUCCCCCUUUUCAUGCGCACGCCGGCGAAGGAGCACGUGGUGGCCGUGCUGGCGGCCCUGCUUCGCUCUUGCGACGAGGAGUCCCGGCAGCGAAUCAUGCAAAAGUUUGCCGAGCACGAGCACGAAAAGGUCGACAGGGCGGUCGAGCUGUUUUUGAAGUAUCGCGGCAAGGUCGACAAGUUCAUCCAGCGCCAAAACAAGGAGAACACCACGCCGGCGGACAAGGGCGACGGCGACAAGAUGCGCGAGUACCUCGACCGGCUCGACGGCGGCCUCUACACCCUCCAGAACGUCACGCUCCUACUGUCGGACAUUUGCGUGCAGCUGAAUUCGGCUCGGCAACGGGCCAUCAAGCUGUUCUCGAUGAAGGUGCGCCAGGAGAAGCUCAGCGCCCAUUUUAUCCCGAUCCUCUCCGAAUACGCGGAAAACCUCGGCGAGACCGCGGACGAGGAGCGCCGUCGCAUCGACACGUUCAUCGCCCGGCUCAACGCCGCCGAGAAGGCCGAACGAAAGCAA